ACAUUCUAGGGAAAAAACGUUCUUUAAUAUCGAGUGGAAACUUCCUUUCAAUUUUCCACGACUAAUGUGGAAGCAAACUAAGAGGCCACCAAUUCACCACUUGGAAUUUUAGUACAAUAAAUUAAAUAUUAUUAUAACGUAUUGAAAACGUACCAAACAGUAAACAUGACGUUUAUUGUUUCGUCAUAGCCGUUGACGUUAGGGCACUACACCACUUUCAUUUUGUCACUUCUCCUACAACGAAUUAUAUAUACACCACUUCCCUCUCUAUUUCACUUCCCUUUCUCCCCCUAUCCCCCACAACCCACCAUGCAACGAUCUAUACCAUAUAGAAAUUGGCUGCCGUCCACCACCACCACCACUACAGGCGGAAGCUCCUCCACCACCUCUAGUGGUGGUUCCACCUUAUUUGAGUCAUAUUCAGGUGAGAGCAACGAAACCUACUCUAAUAGCAAGAGAAAUCAAGAUAAAAACUCAGGCAUCAGUACGGGCGUGGCAAAAUUAGUAUCAGAGAAUGCAAUAAUUGUCAUAGCGACACGUGGAUGCUGCAUGUGCUAUGUCAUCAAGAAUUUGCUACUAGGGUUAGGUGUUAACCCUACGAUUUUUGAAGUGAACAAGGAAGAUGAAGAAGAUGUGAUGAAGGAGUUGUCGAGAAUUGUGGGUGGCGAUGAACAAAACGGCGGCGGAAUACGGCAGUUUCCGGUGGUUUUUGUAGGCGGAAAGUUGUUCGGAGGACUAGAAAGAGUGAUGUCUACACAUAUUUCUGGUGAAUUAAUUCCAAUACUUAAAGAAGCUGGAGCUUUAUGGCUUUGACUUAAGUCAAUUAUUUAUUCUCUUGUCUGUCUUUCGUAUAUCUUAGGUAAUUAAUCAUUGACAGAAAAAUCAGGAAUUUUCUUACAUCCCACUUUUACUCCAUCUUGCUUAGAUUUUUCAGUGGAACUCGAAUUCUACUUUUUUUAAUCUUUUUUUUCAAAGGUAAGAUAGGAUCUUUUAAAUGGAAAAAAGUUGAAUAAAAGAUUAUGAUGGCAAGAUUCUUUGUAUAUGAUGAGAAUAAGAUUAUUGCUAAAAUAAUGUAUUAUUAAUCUUCGAGAGGGAAGGUACAACACUAGGAGUAUCCAUUAUUGUCCAAGUUAGGCACUUGGAUUAAUCAUUAAUAUCAUUCGAAGACCUCCAUUUACCA